CUCUGCUUCUGCUUGCUUUUGCUUCUGCUCAUUGGCUGGUUUGACUAAGCAGUCCAAGUUCUUCCUGGACUGUUUCUCCUUUCUUUUUUUCAACUGUCUCGAGCCUGCUCCGGACUGGGACCUGGAAACACCAAGAAUUUGCACCGUGUGGCCUGCAGCAGCUUCCCCAGCACUGGAGGGACUGAGAAGAGAGCAACCACCCAGAGAGAGACUUUCUGAAUUUGUCAUCUUUUUCAGAGUGGUGUCAUCUGGCAACAGUUUUCUGGCGACCGCGGCAGGACUCCAAGGGCUGCUGGGGCGGUUCGCGUCCCGAUCCACUCCAAGCCGGCACUGAGCACUUCUCGGGGAGUAAUCGGUCGUGCCCGACACCCCGCGCCUGUUGGACAAUUGUCAAGAAAUACGUUACAGUAGAAUAGACCGCUCACGCUGGUGAAUUCUGUCCACGACAUCCAGCCUGGGGACCAGGUGUACGUCAAGAAGUGGAUCACAGAUCUGCUACGGAAAUCAUAGAGCAGACCCCACCAGGUGAUGAUGACGACCUACACGGCGGUGAAGGUCCAGGGGAUGGAUGCUUGGAUCCAUUACACCAGGGUAAAGAAGGCACCAUUCCAAUGGGAAACCCAGAUAGUGUCUCCAACCCAGAUGAUCUUCCGCACAAAGCCACCUUCUUAAUUAUAUUACUGCUAGUGAUCAUGAGACUAGUACCCGUUUAAGGGUCUACUCUAGUACAGGUUGAAGAAACAAAGGUUACAGUCAUGGAAGGGAUGGAUGUUCAAUUAACUUGUGUUAUCUUUGACAGCCAGAAAGUUGAGGCCAGUGAAGUUAUUGCAGUAUGGCAAUGGGGGGCUGAAAGAAGCCGAGGCAAGAUAGGAGUGGUUGGGAUCAGGAUAAACAACAAGGAAACACGGUACUGAAUCUUACCAAGGUAACCACAAACGAUACGGGAGAAUAUACAUGUUUGGUCAAAAUACGGGAUAGUUUUGAUUACAAAAGAGUGAGUAUGAGGGUUUUGCCAUGGACAGGGGAUCGUGCUGAAAACAUAAAGGUUAAUCCAGUAUCAAUGGCAGUGGACAUGUGGGAUGGGCCACCUCUCAGAAUAAAUUGUUCCUUCCUAGUAAGAUCAAGAUAUCAAAGGAACCUUUGGGUCAAAUGGUGGAAGCAAAAUAGGGAACUGACCUGGGACAGAAUAGAGGACGGGACCAGUUGGUGGGGGAAGGAAGGCAAAGGUUGUGGGUGGUCGAGUGUCACUAAUCCUAGAAUUGGAAAUGCAUGGUGGAGGCAUGACAGAAUGAUGUUAUCCUUACAGAGACACGGUAGAAGGAGUAGACGGGAGGUUAAUGAUACAAUAGAACGAAAUACUGAACAGGAAAAUUUAGUGGUAGGAUUAAUCAGAGAUUUUGGGAUCAUGCAGAAUGUGACUAAAAUAACAGCUUGCCUGCCAUUACCACAGGCUGCAGGUGAACCAAUUCCCCGGGGAAUAAUACUGGUAACCAAAAUGCCUGAAACAUGCAAGAAUGUUUCAUGGUCCUGCCAGUCAGUUCCCAAACCAGUAGAUGUAUGGAGGGAUUUGUGUAUGACCACUCAGGCUAUGACUAGAGAGGAAUGUGAAAAGAAAUCCAAUCAUUAUGGUUGGAUUCAAAAUACCAGGAGAUGUUUAAUUGCAACCCCAAUAGAUGAGCCAUGCAAUACAGUACGAAGAAUAAGAACGAAAUCCCAACAAAAUGAGAUGAGCUGUCAGAAUGUCACACAGAAUUUUGACAACUGGAAUAGUUGGAAGACAUUAUGGGGACCUAGUGUUUUGGAACACUAUAACUACCUUGGGGAAGUACAAUGGUGCAUCCAAUGGUCAGGAGUAAAGAAUCAGUCACAUUAUAGGGCCCUUAUCACGUCUACAACUUCCCAAGAGUUCAGACCGCAGAAAGAGGAUUAGAAUUGUACUGAGGUUUUUACAUGUGAUACACCGGAAGACCGAAUUGGAUUGGUACUGGUGAAAAUGGCAUUAAAGUGGGGAUGCGAGUGUAGGGGGUAUGAUCACACGGUUAGCAGAGAGUCCAUGGAUGGGCCUAUAGAUUGCAGAUAUACUACUGUGCAUAGCCCUGGAAAUCUAGUCUGGGUGUUGGGACACGGACAGUGGACCACACAUUUACCUCUAGAUGGAUCAGUAACACAAAUCACCCUAGGGGUUCCCACAUUGUGUCCAUACUGGAAACAGAAUAGAUUGAUCCAAAGGAAAGGACUCAGAAAGAGGGAAGAAUCCCUAGAGGAGCAGUGGCAUGAACCUGGCUCAGGAGUACAAUUUGGAUGGAUAUUGGAGUCAUUAUUCCCUCCGGCAGCGACAUAUCGAAACAGGGAAAUGCUCAACAAUUUGUUAGGACAGACAGAAAGGUUGGCAGCAGCUACUAAGAAGGGAUUUAAAGAUCUAAAUUUGCAAUUGCAAGCUACAUCAAGAAUGACCCUACAAAACAGAAUGGCAUUGGAUUUGCUACUGUUAAAGGAACAUGGAGUUUGUGGUUACCUGAGUAGGAGAAUAGAUCAUUGCUGUGUACACAUUCCAAAUGUUACACUUGAAGUUGAGAAAGAUAUUUCUCAACUGGCAGAAGUGGAAACAAAAACCAAGGAAAUUGAAAGGGAAGCACAGCAUAAUUGGAUAGGAGCAGUAUUUGAUUCUUUGGGGCUUCACCUGUCUGGCUGGAUUACAUCUGCUAUACAGUAUGUACUAAUGUUUUUAGUAUUUUUAGUGACUAUAUGGAUUGUAUAUAGAUGCCUCUUAGGUGUGAUCGAAAAGGAAAAGAGGCGAUCUCUCCGGUUGCUGAAGGCGACGACCCGCGGGUGGCAGAAUGAAGAACACUCCCCACCUCGUUAUGAAGAUGUUACUGUUGAUUGAGCAUCCUUGCAGCAGGACUGAAGAAUGCUCAAAAGGGGGGAAAUGUUGGAAAAGAAGUGAAAUUUAGCAAAAUAUUUAAUUAUAGUGAGUUGUGUGUGAACUGGUUUGUUAAAAAGUAGUUUUGUAGCCGUUGAAAGUGUGUGUUGGGUUUUUGUGUGUAACCUAGCAGGUAGUCUUAGGGAUUUAAUAAAUAAUUAAACUAGUGCAGGAAAGUAAGAAUGCUAACCUGUCUGGAGGCAGCAUACAAUGCUCUUAGAAUAAGAUAAG